AACUCCCAUUCAAACAGAAGACAGUAUAAAGGCUAUUGGAAAGGCAAUCUAUGCUGCAGAGGUUGUAACCCUUCAACACAUCAGCUGGGAGCAGAUUACUGAACCAUCCUAUAGACAUUUUACUAGCACUGCCAAUCACUCACACAGAAGGCUGCCAACUCUAGGAGAGACUGAGCAAGAGACAUGCAACUUUCUAACCCUAUGAUCGUCUGUAAUACCCCUUGAAGAAGGAUCACAGAUACCGAAACGGCUGUCAGAUUUGCCCAUCCAGAAGGACGAAUUACCGAUGGAGAUACUGCAGAGAUUGGAGUGAAGGACCUGCAAGUAAUGGAGUUUAGCUGCAGAGACAAGUACAGCAUUUGAAGAUGUUUAAAUGUGCUUCGUGGAUCUGCCUAGAACUUUUCCUUUUGUUCUAUAUGAACUGCCUCCAAAUAAUACCAGGAUUACCUAGUGCCCCAGACUACCUACAGCGUGGUUGGCAGAGACUGUUAGAGGAAGGAGAAAGCUGCUUAGACUGUAAGCCAGAAGAAUGUCCUCAACCCAGAGGAUGCCUUGCUGGGGUGGUAAGGGACACUUGUGACUGCUGCUUGGAAUGUGCCAACUUGGAAGGGCAGAUAUGUGAUCUGGAUAACACCAACCACUUCUAUGGGAAGUGUGGGGAUAACCUAGAAUGCCAGCUGGACAUGGGAGACCUGAGGCAUGGAGAGGUCCCGGAACCUCAGUGUGUCUGCUUAUCUAACACAGCUGUGUGUGGAUCUGAUGGCAAGACCUAUCCCCAGCUGUGCAAAUUCCAGGAGAUGUCCAGGGCUCAACCAGAGAGAAAUCUGACUGUUGUACACGAGGGGCCAUGCGAAUCAGCGCCACAGAUCCUUACCCCACCCUAUGAUAACUGGAAUGUUACUGGAAAGGAUGCUAUAUUUGGCUGUGAAGUCUUUGCCUAUCCCAUGGCAUCUAUUGAAUGGAAGAAGGAGGGUUCCGAGAUGCUGCUACCAGGCGAUGAUCCUCACGUUUCAGUCCAGUUUAGAGGAGGUCCUCAGAAGUAUGAAGUGACGGGGUGGCUUCAGAUACAAUCAGUUCGUGUCACGGAUGAGGGAAAAUACCGUUGCUUUGCUAAAAACAAAGUUGGAGAAGUUGUGGCAGCAGCAACACUCACUGUGCUAACACCAGAUCAAGUGAACCUGACUGGAUUGUCUCUGCCAAAAUUCCGCAACCCUUUACAAGAGGAUGAUGCUGACAAUGAGGAUUCCGAUUAUUACUGAAUUUUCAUAGAACGAUGGAUCUGGUCUGAAUCAUUCUCAACAGGUUCUGUCCAUACAUGGCUAGGACAUUCUACAUACAGAAAAUUCCAUUUCUAUGACAAGGGACAAUGAGAAGCACUUUAUAUUUGUAAACCUGGCUUUGUAAACUUUGUAAAAUAUGUUUUAUUGAAGGAUUAUUUUUUAUCAGUAUUACUAUGGGUAUUUUUAAUGAGAAGACUGGAAAGACAAAUACGGACACUGUAUUAUUGAACAUUUAGUAGGUGCAUUUAAUUAUGCAGUGUUCAGAAGUCAUUACCUAGAACCAUGUGCCCAGACAAAGCCACAGUGUUUAUGCAGUUUAAUCAUUUUGGCAGAAGUGGAAUAAAUCAAACUGGUAUUUAAAGUUACUGUUUAUGCAAUCUGUGGACUUUGGUUAACGGCAUACAGAGAAAAUGAAAAUUCUUCUUGAUAUUGUAUGAAAUCAGUUUUUAUGUAACUUUAAGUAAGUGUAUUUAAUGUUCAUAUAUCAUUGUAUGAUGUUUUAUAUAAAUUAUAUGUUUCUCUUGUUUA